AUGCGCGGCAGGAGCGAUAGCGAUUCCGAGAGGGAGGAAGAUUUUAGGAGGAGGCGUGGGCGUAAAGAGCGCAACGACAGCCCCGAUUCUAUCGAUGGUGACUCUAGCGGGAGUGACGAGGACGUGCGGGAUGAAGGGCGCGGAAAGGGGAAACGGAACGCGCGGGGCGCUGGGGCAGAUGGGCGGAAGGAUGAGCGGAAGAGCCGCGGAGAGCCUGAGAGUCCAGUGGAGGACGACGGGGGAAGGCGGGGAGCGGGGAAGCAGGGAAGGGGAGGCGGAGAUGGGGGCCCGGGAAAUGCGCGCCGCAGGGGGAGGCACGACUCGGACGAUGAGAGCGACGAAGAUAGGGGCGGUAGCGAUGGCGGAAAAGGGGGCGGAAGGGGUGGCGGAAGGGGCGGAAAGGGGAAGGCGCGGGAGGAUUUCGAGGAGGAGCGUACGGAAACGAAGAAGAGAGUAGGAGGACGAAGGGGAGAGAGGGAUCGUGAGGAGGACGAGGAGGAGGAGGAGGGGGGUGAGCGGUGGGAGAUGGGUGGGGGGAGGGAGAGGGUGCGGGUUGGGCGGAAGGAGAAGCGCGGGGAGGAGGGGAGGCGCGGGGGUCGCGCGGAGAGCGAGGAGCGGGAGGAGCGUGAUAAGGGUGAGGGGAGGAGGGAGAGAGAUCAGAUGAGGGCGAGGGAUGGCUUGGGGGAAGGUGAGCGCGAGCGAGAUGUGAUUAGGGGCAGGGAGGGCGGGAGGGGACGAGGAAGGGAUGACGUGGAUGGGAGGCGAAGGGAGAGAGAGGAUGAUGGUGGCAGGGAUAGGCGACGGGAUGGCGAGAUGGAGAGGGAGAGGGAGCGAGACGGCAGGAGGGGGAGGGACAGGUCGGGCCGGCACAGGCAGGGAGGGUCCGAUUCGGAUGGGAGUGAGAGCAGCGGCGAGUGGGAGAGGGAGCGAGAGAGGGAGAGGGGGGGGAUAAGGGGGAGAGGAAGGGAAGAUAGGCACAGGAGGCAUGCGGAAGGUAGGCGAGAGGAGGGGCGGCGAGAUAGGGGGAGGGGCGAGUGGGAGGGAGAGGAGAGGCGGGGCGACGGGCGGGGGGCUCCCGUGCGCGCACCCAAUGCUGAUGCUGCCGCCACUCCUGCCCCCGCCGCUGCUGCCACUGCUGGCGGAGCAGUAGGCCCAGGCGCAGGUCCGGCUGCAGGCAAGGCAUCAGCAGCGCGGGACACAGGGCGCACGGGAGGCGCGUACAUCCCGCCGUUCAAGCUGGCGCGCAUGCUACAGGAGGUGAACGACCGCAGCAGCGCGGAGUACCAGCGGCUCACGUGGGACGCGCUGCGCAAGUCCAUCAAUGGGCUGGUCAACAAAGUCAACGCGUCCAACAUCAAGAACAUCAUCCCCGAGCUCUUUGCCGAGAACCUCGUGCGCGGCAGGGGGCUGCUGUGCCGCGCGUGCAUCAAGUCGCAGAUGGCAAGUCCGACGUUCACUCACGUGUUUGCGGCGCUGGUUGCGGUGGUGAACACAAAGUUUCCCGAGCUGGGCGAGCUGCUGCUGAAGAGGAUCAUUCUGCAGUUUCGAAGGGCGUUUCGGCGCAACGAUAAGAUGGCCAGUCCGAUUUUCACGCACGUGUUUGCGGCGCUCGUGGCGGUGGUGAAUACCAUGUUUCCCGAGUUAGGGGAGCUGCUGCUGAAGAGGAUCAUUCUGCAAUUUCGCAGGGCGUUCAGACGCAACGACAAGGUGAGAGGGGAAGGAACAAACUGGUCUCGGUUUUCUGUUCACCGGAUUUCUGUUGCUCGGGACUUUGUUGGCUGGGAACCUGUUGUUUGCGGCGCUGGUGGCAGUGGUGAAUACCAAUUUCGCGGAGCUGGGAGAGCUGCUGCUGAAGAGGAUCAUCAGGCGGCGUUCCGGCGCAACGACAAGCCGGUGCUGGUGGCAGCGUGUCGCUUCCUGGAGCACCUUUGCAACCAGCAGGUGGCUCACGAGAUCCCGGUGCUGGUGGCGGCGUGUCGCUUCCUGGCGCACCUCUGCAACCAGCAGGUGGCUCACGAGAUCGUGGCGCUCGAGCUGCUCACACUGCUGCUGGAGACGCCCACGGAUGAUAGUGUGGAGGUGAGGGCUGGGGAAGGUGGCAGUGAGCUUCGUGAAGGAGUGCGGCGCCGUGCUGCACGACCUCCGUCUCUCUCCCCCCCUCCCAUCUCUUCCACACUCAAUCACACACACGUCCACCCUUUCCACUCCCGACGACUCCCAAUCACUCCCAACCAGGUGGCAGUGAGCUUCGUGAAGGAGUGUGGCGCCAUGCUGCAGGACCUCUCGCCCCAGGGCCUUCACAGCAUAUUCGAGCGCUUCCGCGGCAUUCUGCACGAGGGGGAGAUCGACAAGCGCGUGCAGUUCACCAUCGAGGGGCUCUUUGCCAUCCGCAAGGCCAAGUUCGAGCUCACCAUCGAGGGGCUCUUCGCGAUUCGCAAGGCCAAGUUCGAGGUGCGUGCCCGUGAUGUGGGGGAGUACCUCACCAUCGAAGGUCUCUUUGCCAUCCGCAACGCCAAGUUUGAGGUGCGUGUGAUGGGGUGGGGGAGGGGGAUCAGAUCUUGCACGAGCUCUCAACAUCUCACGCGCACCCUGCUGGCCUCAUGCUCACGUCUUCACACCCCUCCCGAUGCUCGUCUCUCCCCCUCCCAGGGCUUCCCAGCGCGGCUCCCCGAGCUUGACCUGAUAGAGGAGGAGGGUCAGAUCAGCUCUCAAUUUCUCCCCCUGCUGACUUCAUGCACUCCUCUUCCCGUCCCUCCCUCCCAUGUCUCUUACCCUCUCCACGGCUUCCCAGCCGUGCAGCGUGGGAUCGAUCUGGAGGAGGGCUUCCCAGCAGUGCUGCCCGAGCUGGAUCUGGGCUUCCCAGCGGUGCUGCCAGAGCUGGAUCUGGUGGAGGAGGAGGAUCAGAUCACGCACGAGCUCUCGCUGGAGGAGCCGUAUGACCCCGAGACUUCACUCGACGUGUUCAAGUUCGACCCGGACUACCUUGCAAACAAGCAGCGUUACAAGGAGAUCAAAGCAGAGAUCCUGGGGGAUGAGGAGGAGGAUGAGGACGAGAAGGGCGAAGGGGGGGGUGAUGAUGACGACGAUGACGAGGAUGAGGAGAGCAGUGAGGAGGAAGAGGACGAGGAGGAGCAGGCGAAGCAGCAGGAGAUUCGCGACGAGACGGAGACCAACCUGGUGAAUCUGCGGCGCACCAUUUACCUGACCAUCAUGGCUUCAGUUAACUUUGAGGAGGCGGGCCACAAGCUGAUGAAGGUCAACCUGCAGCCGGGGCAGGAGAUGGAGUUGUGUGAGAUGCUGCUCGCCUGCUGCUCCCAGGAGCGCACCUACCUGCGCUACUACGGGCUGCUGGGCCAGCGCUUCUGCAUGCUGAACCGCGCCUACCAAGAGUGUUUCGAGCAGUGCUUCGUAAAGCAGUACAGCAUGAUUCACCGCCUCGAGACCAACAAGCUGCGCAACGUCGCCAAGCUCUUUGCUCAUUUCCUCGCCACCGAUGCCAUGCCGUGGGCGCUGCUCUCUUAUAUUCGCUUGACCGAAGAGGACACCUCCUCCUCGUCCCGUAUUUUCAUCAAGAUCAUGUUCCAGUGGGCUCUCUUCGCCCACUUCCUCGCCACUGACGCCAUGCCGUGGGCGCUGCUCUCCUACAUUCGCCUCACUGAAGAAGACACCUCAUCAUCGUCCCGUAUCUUCUUCACGAUCAUGUUCCAGAUGCGCUUCAGAACAAGCAGGCGUGCACUGCACUCAGAGCAGCUUGGGCUGCGCAAGAUGAACGAGAGGCUCAGCGACCCGACCAUGGGGGCGGCGUUUGACGGCAUUUUCCCCAAAGACACGCCCAAGAACACGCGCUUCGCUAUUAACUUCUUCACUUCUAUCGGUCUGGGAGGGCUGACAGACAACCUGAGGGAACACCUGAAGAACAUGCCGAAGCUGAUCAUGCAGCAACAGAAGCCUGUUCAGGUGUCCGAGAAGUCGGCUGCUGAUUCACGAGAUCAGGGCGAACCACGAGGCCCGGCUGUUACAUUGGCUUCUGUAUCGAGAGACGACUACGCUCAUACCUCCCGUUCCGCUUCCCGCUCCCCCCUCCCCCACGAACAGGUGCAAGGCCUGCUGGACCAGAACCCGCUGCUGAUACACGAGAUCAAGGCGAACCACGAGGCGAGGCAGCUGAGUUGGCUUCUGUGCAGACCGACCUACGAUGUCGUGCAAGGCCUGCUGGACCAGAACCGGCUGCUGAUUCACGAGAUCAAGGCGAACCACGAGGCGCGGCUACCGGAUGGGCUCAUGCGCAACGUGACCCUUAUCAGAGAGCUCAACUCCAACGUCACCAAGGUCGUAGACCUGUACGCUGACAUCUCCCGCACCUUCGUGCGCACCUUUGGCAGCUCUGCAGCUGCCCGCGCCUCUCCUGGCGCUGCUGGGGGGGAUGCUGCUGCUGCCGGGGCUGUGGGGGGCGACAGUGACGGCUAG